GGAUCACUUGAAUCUUGGAACCUUGACACUAGUCCAUGCAACUGGACUGGAAUCGCAUGCAACAUCACACGUCGAGGCCGACAUGUGAUCACGGAGGUGAAUCUGCCCAAUAUGGGUCUAGCAGGAAUGCUGAAUGCUCUCAACUUCUCCCCCCUGUCAUCACUUACCAGUCUCAACCUCACGUUCAACAAGCUCUAUGGAAGCAUCCCUCCCACCAUAUCUGCUCUUUCGAAGCUCACCUCUCUUGAUCUCUGCACUAAUAACUUCACAGGGACAAUUCCACUACAGAUCAGCUCUCUGACAAAGCUCAACUCCUUCAAUCUUAGUGAGAAUCAGAUAAGCGGUUCCAUCCCUCCUUGGCUAAGUAAUAUGACAAGGCUUAACUUCUUAUACCUAUCCGACAAUAACCUUUCAGGUACCAUCCCAAGGGAAUUAGGAAGGCUUGGGAACCUCUUAGAGUUGACAAUCUACACCAACCAGAUAACAGGUUCCAUCCCUCCCACUUUGGGAAAUUUAACCCGGCUUCAAUUAUUGGAUUGCUCCAACAACGGGAUAUCUAGCUCCAUUCCUGCUGAAAUAGGAAAUCUAGCGGAGUUAACUAUGCUAGAACUCUCACAAAACAAUUUAACAGGUUCCAUCCCUAAUUGGUUAGGAAAUUUAACCAAGCUUAAUAUUUUGUACCUUUGGGAUAAUCAUCUCUUUGGAUCAAUUCUUCAUGAAAUAGGAAAUCUAGUGAAGUUAACUGGGCUAUCACUCCAACAAAAUAGUUUAGUAGGUUCCUUCCCCACCAGCUUAGGAAAUUUAACCAAGCUUGAAUUCUUGUACCUCUUUGAAAAUCAGAUCUCUGGACCAAUUCCUCUUCAAAUACAAAAUAUGGUAAGCUUGACAGAUUUGGAAAUCGAUAGCAACCAUUUAGAUGGUUCAAUCCCUAGUAGUAUCGGAAAUUUAACCAAGCUUGAAAUCUUGCACCUCUAUGAAAAUCGAAUCUCUGGACCAAUUCCUCAUGAAAUACAAAAUCUGGUAAGCUUGACAGAUUUGGAAAUCGAUAGCAACCAUUUAGAUGGUUCAAUCCCUAGUAGUAUCAGAAAUUUAAUCAAGCUUGAAAUCUUACACCUCUAUGAAAAUCGAAUCUCUGGACCAAUUCCUCAUGAAAUACAAAAUCUGGUAAGCUUGACAGAUUUGGAAAUCGAUAGCAACCAUUUAGAUGGUUCAAUCCCUGGUAGUAUCGGAAAUUUAACCAAGCUUGAAAUCUUGCACAUCUAUGAAAAUCGAAUCUCUGGACCAAUUCCUAAUGAAUUAGGAAACUUGAGGAAGCUUAAUGAGCUGUUGCUGUACAAUAAUCAAAUCUCUGGCUCGAUCCCUCCAUCUUUUGGAAGCUUAACCAACCUUACUGAUUUGCGCUUAUUCAACAAUCAAUUAUCUGGUUCUUUGCCUCAGGAAUUUAACAAUAUUACAAAUUUGAAAAAACUCGAAUUGGGGAACAACAAUUUUUCUGGCCAUUUACCCCAUGACAUAUGCAAAGGAGGAGUUCUAUAUUAUCUUUCUUUGGAAAGCAACCAUUUUGAAGGUCCAAUUUCCAAAAGCUUGAAAAACUGUACAAGCCUAGUUAGAGUCCGACUUGAGCACAACCAACUCUCUGGGGAUAUAUCUGAAAAUCUUGGAGUGUAUCCACAUCUGUGGUACAUCGAUUUAAGCUUCAACAGACUGUCUGGUAAGCUCUCACCAAAUUGGGGAGGAUGUCAUAAUUUGUCGCUCUUAAGAAUCUCCAGCAACAAGGUUACAGGAAGCAUACCAGCAGAACUCGGAAAGUUGACUAGACUACAAGAACUUGACCUUUCCUCAAACUAUCUAUCAGGAGAGAUUCCGAAGCAUCUGAGCAAGUUAACUAAUCUAUAUAACUUGACUUUGAGCAACAACCAACUUGUUGGAGAGGUAUAUCUAGAAUUCGGAGAACUAUAUAAUUUGCAGUUUCUUGAUCUGUCAGCAAAUCAACUAAGAGGAAGGGUACCAGAACAAUUAGGUAACUGCAUGAAUCUUCAAUUGCUGAAGCUUGGAAACAAUCAUUUAAAUGGAAGCAUUCCCUUUCAACUUGGAAAUCUAGUAUACUUGCAAGACUUCCUGGAUCUAAGCCACAACUCAUUUACCGGAAAGAUACCAUCACAAUUUGGCAAACUGAAUAUGCUAGAAGUUCUGAAUCUAUCACACAAUGAGCUGACCGGUCCUCUUCCACCUUCUUUGAGUGAUAUGAUGAGCUUGUUAUCUGUAGACUUAUCAUUCAAUGAAUUAGAAGGCCCACUGCCCAACAACAGAAUUUUUCAGAAUGCUCCAAUAGAGUGGUUCGCCCACAACAAGGGCUUGUGUGGUGCAGUAAAAGGUUUGCCUUCAUGUGGCUCGUUUACAACUAGCAAAGAUGAUGCAAAUAAGCACCACAAACUUUUCUUGUUAAUUACUGUUCCUAGUCUCUUAUUUCUAUUUGUUGUAUUUGCUUUGCUAAUUAUGAGAAGGAAGAAAUAUGCGAUAAAUAAUGCAAGUAUUGAAGAAGGUGGAUUCUCUAUUUGGAACUUCAAUGGAGAAGGUGCAUACAAUGGCAUCAUUCAAGCAACAGAGAAUUUUGAUGCCAAGUAUUGCAUUGGCACUGGAGGAUUUUCCAGUGUUUACAAAGCACUAUUGCCAAGCGGCAAGUUGGUAGCUGUGAAGAAAUUUCAUCUAUUAGAAAUUGAAAACUCGCCAAGCAAGCAAACUUUUUGGAAUGAAAUAUGGGCAUUGACCCAGAUCCAACAUCGGAAUAUUGUGAAGCUUUAUGGUUUUUGCUCCAAUGGUUGACAUAGUUUUCUUGUUUGUGAAUACAUGAAGAGAGGAAGCUUAGCAAAUAUUCUCCGAAGUGAAGGUGCUGCUGAAUUGGAUUGGUCUAAGAGAGUGGAUGCUGUAAAACAUAUUGCUUAUGCUCUAUCAUAUAUGCACCAUGAUUGCGCUCCGCCAUUAGUGCACCGAGACAUAACAAGCAAUAAUAUUUUACUUGAUUCAGAAUACAAGGCUUGUAUUUCGGACUUCGGUAUUGCUAGACUUGUAAAGCCUGAUUCAUCUAAUCAGAGUAUGCUUGCAGGCACACGAGGAUAUUUGGCCCCAGAGCUUGCAUACACAAUAAGGGUAACUGAGAAAUGUGAUGUAUAUAGUUUUGGAGUAGUAGCACUUGAGAUUGUAAUGGGAAAGCAUCCAGGAGAUCUCAUCUCUACUUUAACUUCUCCAGUCUGUGAAAACAUCUUUCUGAAAGAUAUAUUAGACCCGCGACUACCGCCUCCUACAACUCAAGCUACAAAUGAGUUAGUUGCAAUAGUUAUGACAGCAUUUCAGUGUUUGGAUAACAACCCGCAUUCUCGUCCGACGAUGCGAAAUAUAUCUCAACAGUUGUCUACCAUCAGGGCACAACCAAACUCCCAAUCUUUGGACAUGAUUAAGUCAUGUCCCCUAAUCCAUGUUAAGGUAUGAUAGAAAAUAGAUAUUAUGCCAAAAAUAGCCAUCAUUUAAUAUACAGUUUAUCUCCUUUUUUUUGGUUUAAGAGAGUUAGCAGAACUUGAUUCUUUAUGCAGUAGAUUUAGAUCUACCAACGGAUAGAUCCCUUCAUGCUUUUUUAUCAUUGGAAAUUGUAAAGUUAUCUUCACUGAGUUGUCACAACAAUUAAUUUAUAUUCAAGCAUUUUAUUGACCAGGUCAAUCCGGAAAAAUUAUUGCCUAAUAUGGCCAUGCUUGCAACCAGUCACAAUCGUUGGUUCCUAUGAUGAUAAUGAUGGGCGUAUUUGAUGAAUAAAGCCCACGGAAAUCAACGACAAUGAUUGGCUGCCUGAGCACCGUGGUGCAUGCAGUGUAAGUAAUAAUAUCUUGUCAUUGGCACAAUAUGCACCUUCCAACCAUAGGAAUUGUGUUUCUCACGGAGCGAUAUACUUGUAAGCGGGCACUCACAUUUAGCAAGAAAAUAUGAGAACAAGCAUGUUUUUGUCAAGAAUACCAGUGAAAAAGAAUGCACUGGACCAGUUGGGUUGGGCUAGUUGUUGUCUCGAGGCUCUGUUUAAACUGGAAUUCUACUGGAUCAGAUUUUAUUCAUUGGACAGGUAUUGGAUUGUAUGGUUUCUUGGGCUUGGACAGCCCAUGUCCCCCCUUCGUCUUCUUUGUUUGUCUUUGCUUUUUCCGUUCUUUUUUUGCUUUCUCAUGCCUUGGCUUGGAUUUGUACUUCAUUUUAUUUAUCAAUAAAAUAAUAUAAUAGGUUUUAUUAAUUUGCUAAAAAAUAUAAUGAUAUUUGUAAUGUAGGAUUUGAAGUUUGAGAUUCAACUAUAUAGUCAUACGUGACUAUAGUGAUGGACAUGCAUCGAUAUUUGCUAAUGAAUUAAUAGUUAAACUUUUUUGUUGAAAAGAAAAGAGUAUAACAAUUUGAGCUUGAAAAUUUGCUAAAAAAGAAAAUUGAGCUUGCAAAACUAAAU